AUGGAGUAUGCGGAGUCUCUGAGUCCCUGGGGAUGGCUGUCCGUCCUCGGUCAAGCUACCGGCAUCACUUUCCGCCUUGUAUUCAAGGCUGGUCGAGCGCUUCUGACGCGCGGGACCCAUGGCCUGUCGCUCCACGAAUACAUCGCCUAUGUUGGUAUGCGCGACUACCAAUCUGGGUUAUCAGCAGUUGCUAUACAGAAUCUACUACCAUCAACAUCCAAGACGUGUUCGAGAUUCGCCAACAAACAUGGAAUUCCAUUUGAAGUAAUCCAGCUACCAGAUGCAACCAUUGCAAAUCGACUUGGGCCGCCAAGUGCGAAGAAUGUUGUUAUGUUCUUCCAUGGCGGCGGCUACAUGGCACCAGCACUGAGCGAGCACGCGUCUUUUGCAUUCGGCUAUGGUGAAUACUCUACAAGAGAUGUUGCCGUAUAUUUCCUACAAUAUGAUCUUGCAUCGGAACAUGCCAACCACUACCCUCGACAGCUCCAGCAAGCAGUCUCUCUGUUGAAUCACUUGACCUCAUCGAAGCAGAUCCCACCUGGGUCCAUCACCCUGGUGGGAGAUUCUGCGGGCGCUCACCUAUUGCUCAGUCUGCUGUUGCAUUUGAAGCAUCCCAACCCUCAAGUCCCGCAGGUGGAAAUGAACACUCCUCUAGGUGGCGCGGUUCUGGUUUCGCCGUGGGUACAGCUUCAAUCGUCAGCAACAUCCCUGGAAACAAACAAACAGGAGGAUAUCCUCAGCACUCCCUCACUCGCCUAUUGGGCGAAGAACUUUCUGGGUGAUGCGGCCCCCGAUGCUUGGAAUAGCCCCCUGACCGCACCCCUGGAAUGGUGGGACGACUUGCCAGUGAAGCGUAUCCUAGUCACGUACGGAGAUAAGGAGCUGCUACGCGACGAUGCAGGGAAGCUCUGCGAGAUACUUCGAGAACACCACGCCGAGACGACGGCGCUAGCAUUCCCCGGCGAGCUGCACGUGCACAUGGUCAUGAACCGCUUCCUCCUCAUCCGGAAGCCCUGCGAGUCGGAAAGGGCCUACGUGAAAUGGAUGCGCGACCAGAUCGAUGGCGCACCCACUAGUGACGGCCCUGCUGUGGUGGGCGUUGCCGACCAGACAGUUUGA